CGUUGCUGCUGCUUCCCGUCUGACUGUCGCCACUUACAAUAGCAAAGAAAUUUUCAGCUUGCCCUGCGACUAAUUUUGAUGGAAAAAUUUCAUGAGUGGCGUUUCCCGCCCUAGAAUCAGCUCAAGGGGUUCUGAAUAAUUUAGUAUAUAUAAUCAGAAGAUAACCAGACCUACUUGUGGAUAAUAUCAGGCUGGUUCAAUCAUGACGUCACCACUAUCCAGUAUAUUCUCAUUCACAAGUCCUGCUGUCAAACGUCUCCUUGGAUGGAAACAGGGUGAUGAAGAGGAAAAAUGGGCAGAAAAAGCAGUAGACUCUCUUGUUAAGAAAUUGAAGAAAAAGAAAGGUGCUCUUGAGGAUUUGGAAAAGGCCUUGAGCUGCCCUGGACAGGCCAGCAAAUGUGUAACUAUCCCUAGAUCGUUGGAUGGUCGACUUCAAGUCUCCCAUCGCAAGGGACUCCCUCAUGUUAUAUACUGCCGUGUGUGGCGAUGGCCUGACCUUCAGAGCCACCAUGAACUGAAGCCACUAGAAAUCUGUGAAUAUCCGUUUAGUGCCAAACAGAAGGAAGUCUGUAUCAACCCAUACCAUUAUAAGAGGGUGGAAAGCCCAGUAUUGCCGCCUGUUCUGGUACCUCGCUACAGUGAAUUUCCUGCCCAUGGCGCCCUGGCCCCCUUCAGCGUGUCGGAGCCAUCGAUGCCCCACAAUGUUACCUACCCCUUCCAACAGCAGCCACAGUCACCGCCAAGUUCUGGCCCUGGAAGUCCUUUUGGAUUGCCAGCUGACACGCCCCCACCUGCCUACCAGCCCUCUGAUGAUAGCAACCAGAACAACAUGGCGCUGAACCAAGGCAACAACCCAUCUUCUGGACAUCAACCCAUGGACACCAGCAUGGGAAACCCAUCAGAUCACUCCCACCUUCACCUACAGCCACGCCCAUGUGCUCGACCCUCCAACCAACCACCAUUGAUAAGAAAUGAUCAUGGCAUAGAUCUGCAGCCAGUGACCUACCAAGAGCCACAGUACUGGUGUUCCAUCGUGUAUUACGAACUGAACAACCGAGUGGGAGAAGCAUUCCACGCCUCACGCUCUAGCAUUGUCGUGGAUGGCUUCACAGACCCCUCCAACAAUGCCGACAGAUUCUGUCUGGGACUCCUCUCCAACGUCAACAGAAACUCAACUAUUGAGAACACUCGUAGACACAUUGGCAAAGGUGUGCACCUGUACUAUGUUGGUGGUGAGGUGUUUGCGGAAUGUCUGAGCGAUAGCAGCAUAUUUGUUCAGAGCAGGAACUGCAAUUAUCACCAUGGCUUCCACCCAACAACUGUCUGCAAGAUCCCACCUGGCUGUAGUUUGAAGAUCUUCAAUAACCAGGAGUUUGCUGCUCUACUUAGUCAAUCUGUCAACCACGGAUUUGAGGCCGUGUACGAGCUCACCAAGAUGUGCACCAUCAGGAUGAGCUUCGUGAAGGGUUGGGGUGCUGAGUAUCAUCGUCAGGAUGUCACCAGCACCCCAUGUUGGAUCGAAAUUCACUUAAAUGGUCCCCUACAAUGGUUGGACAAGGUCCUAACUCAAAUGGGGUCCCCACAUGCCCCGAUAUCAUCAGUGUCAUGAUGUGGCUGGACUCACUUGAUGAUUGGUCAGAACUGUGACCUUGGCAUCAUUGUUUACGUCUCAUUGCAUUUGUAGAGCAUAUGCAUUCCAUCCUGGUUUUUGCCCGCUUGACUACAACAAAGAAGCGAGCAUUUGCAUCAAGGCUGAAGUUGACUCAGCCAAAACACUGACAGAUAUUUUUCAGCCAAAUGAAACCCUUCAUCCUCAUAAGAGCAAUCAAAUUGCAAGAAAUUCAUUUGUAGGAUCCCCGUAUCUUCUGUUGAUGGUCAGUGCUGGUGGACAUUUUCCUUCCAUGAGGACAAACUGGAGGUGAACCAUUAUUCUAGAAACUAUAUGUCAAAGGGUAUUUCUUGUUGUAACUGAACUUUGUCAGUAUAGGAUUCAGUGAUUGAAGUGCUUUUCUUCAUUUUUUUUUGUAGGAAAAGACUGUCUGUUGUGCAAGUCAAACAGUGUUAUGUGUUCUUUCAUAAUGUUGACUAAACAAACAAUAUUGUGCUGUAUCAACCUCCAUCUGCUGUGGAUGAUAAUGGUGAUAUGGAAUAUUGUGCUAUAUUCAUACUUAGUCUGCUGUGGAGAAUAAUGGUGAUAUGGAAUAUUGUAUCUCCCUCUGUCUGUUAUAGAUCAAACAUAUGUUGAAAUGAAGACCUUAACCAAAUUUCAAUGGGAGGCUUUAGGCCAUACUG